CAACACCUUUUACCCAUAACGUUGUAAUGGUAAACUAUUAUAACAAGACCAAAAGGGUUUCUUUGUCUCCAUUUUUUGACCGUUGCAAUAUCAAAUUCUUAAGCAACACGAAAACCUGAAGCUACCCAGAACAGUUAAAGAAACAUAACAAAAACAGAGAGGAAACCAUCGACAAUGGCAGAAACUAACUGCCAUCUGAACCAAUCCCAUCAACAAAACCCUAGUGUUCAAUCUCUCUUUCAAGCCAUUGAUCAUAUCUCUCUAAUUCUUUCUCAAAACUCAGCAGAUUCUGAUCAACCGGUGCCUUUAAAACUGACCACUGAGAGUUAUAUCAUGGAAAGAGGGCCAAGAUACAGAGCGUAUGCAAAGUUAAGAGAGAAAAAACUAAGAAUGACGAUGUUAAAGCAACAAGAAUAUGAAGAGACUGAUUUUAAACAAACUCCACCAAAGAAACAAGAGAAGUUUCAUGGAAAUUUGGGGAAUUCAAGAAAAGGGUCCUCUAUCUUGGCUCAAUCGGUGCCUGAUUUCUCUGCUACUUUGAGGAAAGAAAGCCACGGCAAGAGCUCUAUCGAAGUCGAGGAGAAAAGGAAUGGUGGGUUGUUAAUGGCGAGGAAGAGUUAUGCAAGUGUUGAAGAAUUAAAAGGAUUGUCUUUGGCUGCUGCAAAUGCUAUUAAUGGUGAUAACAGAGGAAACAGAGGAGGUAGAGGAGUUGGUGUUGGUGUUGGCAAGAAUGUUUUGGGAUAUAGAAAAUUUUGAUAUUGAUCCAUCUAUGGUGGUUUCUUAAUUCAUUCUGAAAUUUGUUGAUCUCUUAACUGGGUUUUUGUUUAGUUCGGUUUGAUUUUAUCAGAAUUUUCUCACUACUACUGCUAUUUCUGUAAGUUCUAUUCUUUGAUUGUUUGUUGAUUAAAUCUCGGGGAUUGUAAAGCUCUGGAUGUAAUCAUGCUUCACAUAUGAUUAUAGUAUUACUGGAGAAACUUUUGUCUCUCUUGGGAUAAAAUCCUAUCUUAUUUGCAUUGCAAA